UAACGUUCAGUAUCGGACUACAAGUACCAGGGUACGGUGCGGCCCGAGCAUCCAGCUGCCGGGAAAGUUUCGGGCUGUGAGACUCCGGGGGCCGUUGCUGAGUGUUGGAAGGAGUGCAGUCACCGUCUAAACGGCCCGCCAGCUGUGCCGCUCCGCUCUCGGCUCGCUCCGGAGUCAGUCCAGCCUGAGCUGCAAAAUGAUCGUGGCGCCGGCUGCCGAGAGGAACAAGGAGCCCAUCCUGAAUGUGAUCAGACAGCAGCUGCAGCCCGGAGUCCCCGCACUCGCUCUGGAACUGGCGUCGGGCUCCGGCCAGCACAGCGUGCACUUCGCCCAGGCGCUGCCCAGCGUGCUGUGGCAACCCUCUGAAGUGGAGCCGAGAUCUCUGGAAAGCAUUUCUGCAUAUAUUGCAGCAACUCGGGUGGAGAAUGUCAAGCAGCCGCUUAAUAUUGACUGCUCACAAAGCUGGGAGACCUGGGGAGGAUUGCAGCCAAACACCUUUGAUCUUAUUUUAAAUAUCAACAUGAUUCAUAUCACAGAAAUAAAGUGCACCAAGGGUCUCUUCAAAGGAGCUGGCCAAUUACUGAAACCAAACGCCUUACUGAUCACUUAUGGGCCCUAUGCGAUCAAUGGCUUGAUUACUCCACAGAGCAACAUAGAUUUUGAUUUGACUUUGAGGCAGAGAAAUCCAACCUGGGGUUUGAGAGAUUUGAGCAUAUUACAGAAGCUUGCUGAAGAAAAUGGGAUGACAUUCAAACAGAUGGUUGAUAUGCCAGCUAACAACAAAUGCCUGAUUUUUCAGAAAAGGUCAAGUGUAUAGCAGAGUCAUCUCUUCUGCAAUUCCAUGCAUCAACACAGAGGAGCAGAACAUUUAGCUCUAAUUCUUGUAAUAAUUCAUUAAUAAAGCAGAAUUGUUGCUAAACCUCUAUUAAUUAGUUACUUUUGUAAUUAAACCAAAGGGUUGACUCUCAAGAAAAUGUAUAUUUUUCCUAGACAACUUUUGUUUUAAUGGCCUGUAGGCAUUUUCCUAAGUUUUGAAAUAUGCUGACCCAGAAGAAUUAACUUUCUAUGAAAAAAUUUAUUGUGUUGGAGAAGUACACAGCUUUUCUUACCCUCUCAUGUCUUUUCAGUUUCUUCUUGGUGGCUGAGCAUUGCAAUUUGUUAUUAGGGAUUUUCACUGAUUGAGCAAAAUAUGAGGUGGUGAAGGUCACCACCUCUCUUAUUCAAGGUGAGAUACCAGUGCAUUGAUGCCACUGCAUUUCGUAAUGUAAACAGAAAUGCUGUCUCCCAAAUGUUGUUCUGCAUAAGUAACUUUUUAGAAGAGGAAUUGCUAUCAUUGCAAACAUAAUCUAGUUACUGUUGGCUUGGAGUAGACUGUGUUUUGUCUAUGAUCUUGUACUACAUGUAGCUUGCACUUGAAGAGAUUGUAACUAAAUGAACUCAGAGGUGUGCAUAUUGAUGUAAACUAUCUUUAUUUGAGUGAUUUUUUUUUAAAAUGUGACAAUAUCAACAAUGUGUGUAAGGCAAAAUCACAAUUGAAUAUUAAGACCCAAAUGAUGGUUCAUCAAUGGCAAAAAAACCAUCAAUGGGUAAACAUAAGCCUGAUGAAACCAUGUACAGGCUUGGAAAAACUUUCUUGCUAAAGAUAGUGUUUGUGUUUUGGCUGCACACAUUUUAACAGAGGGUUCAAAUUUAUGUAAAGUAAUUCUACAGAAUGAGUCAUUUGAUAUCAAUUUGCUUAUUACCUCAUUCAACACAAACUGGUUGUGUCAAUCACCGGAGAUUAAGGACAAUUUUUCCUAUUCCUGUAAAAUCAUGCUGAUUCAUUGAUGUAAAAUUAUCUGAGGUGAAGAUUUGGGUGAAGUACAGUGUUGGAAGAGAGUGAAUGGUGUUUUCCAAUAUGUCAAGCUCUUUUUGAGAUGUAAAGGGUAUUUUAUCCUGAUACUGGAAUGGAAAAUUUCCUUUUUGUUGUUAUAAUGGCCCAAACUUUCUCAAACAAGAAACAGUAAUCACGGUUGACCCCACAUCAGUUGCUGAAAGACACAUCUUUAUAGAUUAGUGAAAUCCAGUUUAUAGUUAAGUAUAUUGAAGAAUUCUAGCAGGCAGCAAACCAGGAGGUAAUGUGCUCUAUUUUUAUAACAUUGUAAACAAUUUCUUGAGCAAAAUAAAGAUUAAAAAAUUCAGAACUGAUGUAAGCUUAAAUUUAAAGUAUCAUUAAAAAUAAAGUUGACUUGUGAAAUUUGUGGAAUUUUGAAAUAAUUUGAUCUAAGGAAAUUAGGUAUGUUUUACAAAGCCAUGUGGUCAAUACUAUUUGUGUUUAGUUUGCAAUUCAAACACUCAGGCUUCUUCAGUGGAUUUUUUACAGUAAAAUUGCAGCAUUUAAAAAUAAAAGUUCAGUUCAAUUCUU